AUGGUGCGGCGCCUCGCUGGCCUCGGCUUCCGGAAGGUCCACAACGUGAACGAGGACUUCUACGCCGUGAUCGAGUCUGGGAAGCUGCCGGAGCACGACUUGAUACUCAGCAGCCCCCCGUACUCGGGCGACCACCUGGAGCGCUGCCUCCGAUUCUGCGGGAGCUGCGGCAGCGCCUGGGCGCUGCUGCUGCCGAACUGGGUGCAGAGCCGGCCAUACUUCCGCGAGGUGCUGGGCUCGAAGUCUGAGCAGGUGUUCUACAUUCGAGGGAGGGAAAACGACAUAGACAUACACCUUUCGGAGUUCCGCGCGGAUUUCCCGGGAUCGGCGCUGGACCCCCCUGAGCACGCCAGGGACGGCGCCGGAGGCGCUGUCAGGGGGGCCCAGCGCCGAUCCCAAGAAAGCCGCGCGGAGCGCCGAAAGUUUCGUUGA